GCUCUCACUCUCUCCUUCCCCACAAUUUCCAAACAAGUGUUCCUCUCCUUCCUUUUCCUUCUCUUCCCUAUCGUCUCUCGAUUCUCAUAUCUCAUCUCGUCUCAUCGCGCCCCCAAACCAGACCCACCUUCUUCUUCCAACUUCACAGAUCCUCUACCUACAUUCCUUUCCGCCAUUUCCGCGAUAUAUAUGGCCACUGUUUCCCCGGAGAUGAAGAUGAAAAAGGAGAAGAUUGAUGUGAUCGGAGAGCUUGUCCAGGGUUACCAGUCUGCUUCCCAGCUCAAGUUUCUGCUUCAGAAGCCUUUCCAGGCUGAUGCAUCUCUCUCUGCUCAUCAACAUUUGGCGAUUGUUCUUAGAUCCUUCACCCACUCUCUUUCUCUUCUCACUUCUUCUUCCUCCGACGAACUCCACGUCGCUCAGGAUCUGGUUGUUUCCGGUGGGAAUGAUCCUCCGCCGCCGCCGGACUAUUGCCUUGACGGCAAGUCCCCGGAUGCGAGGGAGAGCAGGGGGAGAUCGGGGCCGGCCACCAAGAGUCGGAGAGGCUGCUACAAAAGAAGGAGGGCUGCGCAAGCGUGGACAGUAGUCUCUUCCUCAGCCGAUGAUAAUUAUGCAUGGAGAAAGUACGGACAGAAGGAAAUCCUUAAUUUCAAAUUUCCCAGGAGUUACUUGAGGUGCACUCGCAAGUAUGUACAAGGUUGUAGAGCGGUCAAGCAGGUGCAGCGAAUCCAAGAGAAUCCUGAUAUGUAUCAAAUAACGUACAUCGGAUAUCACACAUGUAAAGACAUCCCUAAGACACCCCUGGUGGUCACAGAAUCUGGUAACUGGGGAUCAUCAUUUCUCGCAGACUCAGAGAUUCCAAACGAAGAAGCCAAGGUCAUCGAUCCCAUAAAACAAGAGCAUCCUAAGGAGGAGACACAGACGAGUGAUUUCACAGACAGCUGCUUGGACCCCAGUUUAUGGUCGGAUCUCAAAGAUCUGUCCGAGGCUGCAAUAGUAGGGCCCUUGGGGUCUGAUGAUAAUGCAGAUACUGUGUAUUCAUGUUCUGGUGGCUCUUUGGAUUUCGGGGUUGAUGAUUCUGUUCAUUUUGGCUCCGAUUAUUUCCCCUUCGAUGAUCCUGAUGAUGAUGAGCUUUAGUUUCGUAACUCAAAACCCAGGUACAUAUUCCAACAUUGUUGGUGUACGUAUAACAUUUGAUCAUUGUUCCUACUGUCACAAAUAAUCAAUCUGAUCUAACCUAACGUUUGUGAUAUAUAUAUAUAUAUAUAUAUCAGAGGUUAGUGGAGGCCUUGCGUGAACUAUAUCUUGGUACAUAUAUGAACUAUGAACUGUACGUGUGUUUUGUCUCUGAAGUCUUAAAAAAGAAGAUGCUAAAGUCAGUGGAGCCCAAAGGACAAAAACGUAUGAAGAGGGUAACUAAUGAAUUGAAGGCAGGCAGGAAACACACAGUUAGAUCUGAUCAAAGUCUUUGGCUCUUUGCUUAGUGACAAAAUGGAUCGUUUUCAGAAUAAAUAUAUAUAUUUAUAUAUAUGUAUAUAUGUAUAUAAAGCUGUUUUUAUUCUUAAGUCCUUCCAGAACAGGUCAUGACUCCCUCUUCAACACGUUAAAGCGAUGGUACCAACACAAGUCCUGUAGAAGAUUCUUAGAUAGUGAUAGGUCUCCAUUGUUCUUCUUCUUCUUCUUCUUCUUUUUACUAUAUUAAUUAAUAGGGCUCAAUUCAAUCUUUCAAGUUCCAUGCUUAAUGUCAUGCUAAACAUAGAUUAAUUGUAGCCAGAAGUGGUGUAUAAAAGUCUAAUUUACCCUAGUUCAUCUAUAUACUAAUUAUAACUGAGCGUCUCCAUCCUUAUAAAUCAAACAUAAAGGAAGGUUAGUAGUAUGUGUGUAAUGAUUUGUCAAUAUUCAAUGACGUUGUGUCGUUGUAGUACGUACAGUGAGACCAGAUC